CCUUGUGCGCAUGCGCGCUCGGGCUCUCUCCCUCUGGCUGCGCUCGGCUGAGUCAGUCAGUCUGUCGGAGUCUGUCCUCGGAACAGGCUGAGUGAAGGGACGCCCGAGAGCCUGCUACCCGAUUAUUCUAUUUCCCCUCCCUCUCUCCCGCCCCACAUCUCUCUUCACCCCUCUCCCGCCCUUGCUCGCGCAGCCAUGGCGGAGUCGUCGGCGGCCACUCAGUCCCCGUCCAUCUCCUCGUCGUCCUCCGGGGCCGAUACGUCCGCGCCCGGCAGCGGCGGGAGCCCGGGAGCCUGCCCCGCCCUGGGGGCGAAGAGCUGCGGCUCCUCCUGUGCGGAUUCCUUUGUUUCUUCCUCUUCCUCUCAGCCUGUAUCUCUAUUUUCGACCUCACAAGAGGAAUUGAGCUCUCUUUGCUCUGAUGAGCCACCUUCAGAAAUUAUGACUUCCUCCUUUCUUUCAUCCUCUGAAACACAUAACUCUGACCCUAAAACACUACAUCGAGAAAAAAAUGAAGUGUUAGGCAGCCAACCUGUUCUAGCCAAAGAAGGAAAAGACCACUUGGCUCCUCUAGAUAUGAAAAAGAUGGAAAAGCCUCAGGAAACCUGCAAAAACAGAGCAGACUCUCCAGUUUCUCUCGAAGCGGGAGGAGUUCCUUAUAACCAACCUUGUGUUCUAGCCAGUUUCCCAGAGCAUCCUGCUUUUCUCCUAAAGGAAACCAGUCAAGUAGAAGAGCAAAUAAAUGAAGAACAACUGUCCAAGAACCCAAAUCAUUUACUGACUAGGGAGGAGAAGACUGCAUUGGAUGUUGAUGACAGGUUCACUUUGCCAGUAGCCCAGAAACCAUCCACUGAGCAGUCUAAGGAAGAGGACACUAGAACAUAUUCCUUAUCCCCCUCUGAAGUUUCAGGUGGUGGUAUUAUCGAAAGAGAUUCCCCUGAAUCACCAUUUGAAGUAAUUAUUGACAAAGCAGCAUUUGACAGAGAAUUUAAAGAUUCAUAUAAGGAGAGCACAAAUGAUUUGCGUGGCUGGGCAGUGCACACUGAUAGAGAAUCAUCUGCAGACAUGUCAGAGAUUAAUGACAAAGUGUUUCCACUGAGAAAUAGAGAGGCAGGGCGUUACCCAUCCUCUGCAUUGCUCACUAGGCAGUUUUCACACACAACUGCAGCAUUGGAAGAGGUGUCUCGAUGUGUGAAUGAUAUACAUAACUUUACUAACGAAAUAUUGACUUGGGACUUGGUUCCCCAGGUGAAACAACAGACUGAUAAAUCUUCUGACCACCCCACAAAAAGUGCAGGACUUGACAGGAGUGAAUAUCAUUCAGAAAUCCCAGUUGUAAAUCUUAGGAGAAAUACUCAUCAGAGAAUUCCUGCAUGCUCCAUUAAUGGGAGCACAUCUGUCACCAGAUCCACAGGUGAUUGGGAAGAAGCAUCUCUCCCACAAGAAAAUGCUAUCCCUGGAAAACCUGUAGGUGACUAUCUCAUUUCCACUAAAGAAGGCAAUGUCAAAGGUGUACAAAGUGAUACACAGAAGCAAGAUGACACACUUGCAGAUUUGCCUGCAUCUCCAUGUGAGAAGCAUGUUUCUUUGGGUUCUGGAGUGGCCACAGUGAAAGUGGUUUUACCUGAUGACCUCCUGAAGUAUGAAACAAACUGGCAGAGCUCUGUGCCAGAAGAUAUCACAGAGGCUGAUAGUUCUGGUGAGUCUGAUGACACAGUGAUAGAGGACAUUACGGCCGAGAGACCAUUGGAAAAUAAGCUUCACACUGAAAAACCUUUCUCCAUUCCAAGUGCUAUUGGAAAAGCAGGUGAAAGGGAAAUCAAAGAGAUUCCCAGUUGUAAGAAGGUAGAAAGUGCCACAUCUAAAAGCACUGACGUGCUGGUGAGUGACUCUGAGCCACAUCAAGCUCAGCAAGAUAGUCUUGGAAGGAAACCAGUUAGUGAGGCAGCCUGUUCACCAGUACCCAGUAUGAAUGUUGUGUUAGAAGAUGUGAAACGGUCAGAUACUGUGCGUGAAGGUGCUCCUGAAAAACCUGUUACAACUGAGAACCCCAGACUUCCUUCAGCAGCACCUCCAGAUGUUUUUAAUGAGACAGAAUUCUCACUAAGUGUGACAGCUUCUGCCAUGUUAGAGUCAUUACAUGGAAAUCAUGUUAAAGAUGUAGAUGAUUCCUCCCCAGAGGACUUGAUGGCAGCCUUAACAGAAACCAGAGAGAAAGGAAUAAUAGGUAAAGAGGAAGGAACUGACUCUGAGGCAGUAUCACAGAAGCCAGCUCCUCCUGUAGAAGUCUUGUCUGAAAGCAAGUCAGUUAGUUCAAGCAAAAACAGUGAACAAAGCAAACAAACAAAUGGAAGUGACUUUCUGGAUGUUUUCACUACCUGUGGUACUCCAGUGGUGUCUCUUGACUUAGAACAGGAGCAGCUCACAAUCAGAGCCCUGAAAGAAUUAGGUGAAAGGCAGGGUGAGGAACCACCACCUAUUCAGGAUGAAGAAUCUCCUGAAGAAAGACUCAAGCAAACAUUUGCUCCAGAAACUUGGCCACAGAGAUCAGAUGUCAUCCUAGAACACACAUAUGUCAAGACUGGAUCUGAUCUUGGGAUUUCCAAAAAACCCACUGUUAUCAAAGAGACUAGGGUAGAGACUAUUUCCAGCAUUAGCAAGACUGAAUUGGUAAACAAGCAUGUCCUACCAAGACUUCUGACAGACUUCUCAGUGCACGAUCUGAUUUUCUGGCGAGACGUGAAGAAGACUGGGUUUGUCUUUGGCACCACACUGAUCAUGUUGCUGUCCCUGGCAGCCUUCAGUGUCAUCAGUGUGGUUUCUUACCUCAUCCUGGCCCUUCUCUCUGUCACCAUCAGCUUCAGAGUCUACAAGUCUGUCAUUCAAGCUGUACAGAAGUCAGAAGAAGGCCAUCCAUUCAAAGCCUACCUGGAUGUGGACAUCACACUGUCCUCAGAAGCUUUCCAUAAUUACAUGAAUGCUGCCAUGGUGCAUGUCAACAGGGCCCUGAAACUCAUCAUUCGUCUCUUUCUGGUGGAAGAUCUGGUUGACUCCUUGAAGCUGGCUGUCUUCAUGUGGCUGAUGACCUACGUUGGUGCCGUUUUUAAUGGAAUCACCCUUCUGAUUCUUGCCGAGCUGCUCGUUUUCAGUGUCCCCAUUGUCUAUGAGAAGUACAAGACCCAGAUUGAUCACUAUGUUGGCAUCGUCCGGGAUCAGACCAAGUCAAUUGUUGAAAAGAUUCAAGCAAAACUCCCUGGAAUCGCCAAAAAAAAGGCAGAAUAAA